AUGUGUCAGUUUUUAUUUUAUUCUCAGAUUUCGAUUGAUAUGAAAAUUGGUAGGUUUAGGCUUCCCAUUCUGAUCAGAAUAAGCACGAAAUCUCAAUUACGGACAUAAAAUAUGUAUGUAAUAUUCCUUUUAUUUACGGAAAUUCUAUACGUUUUCGCUAGAAUAUUUUUGAGAACACGGUGGCGCUCGAGUUGUACAGAUAACGGGACUCUAUAUAUCCAAAAACUUAAAUCAAAACCUGAGAAAAAAAACGAAAACCAUAUUAAAUAUGGUCUAUAUUUAAUGUUGUUUUCGUUUUUUUAUGAAAAUGUAUGAAAAAAGCGAUAUUAUUGUUUGUCCUUGUCACAUUCUCACAAUUUUUUAAAUUACCCUCUUUAAAUUGAGCAAGAUGAUUGGGCGGAUUAUUUGUUGCCCACCAUAUCCGACCAAUCAUCUUGGUGUGUUGCGUAUGUUCUGUCCCUCACGGACGCACGCGUAUAGCACAUCUGUAGGAUCCUACCAUCUAUGGCUCUGCACAUCUACAAAUGCAUAAAAUCAUUAGUAUUACACUUUAACACACAUACAAAUUCAGUAAUACACAUUUGUUUUAAACAUAUAUUGAGAUACACUAUGAUAAAAUAUUCCAAGUUCGUUUUCGUCCCAUUGUCAUAAAAACCGUCCCUUUUCAGAUUACACACCGUUCGAAAUUGGAGUUAUGCGCUGGCAACACUGCUGACACUUUAUUAGAAUGUCAAAAACUCAUGUAUAUGUUUUGGCGCGCCUGUAUGCAUUAUGUUUUGAUUUUCAAGAUUUUUCUAAGCUUUCGUAUAUAAAAUACGCCUGGUAUAAUUUUAGCCGUAACGUGGAAUCAUUAAACUAACAACAAUGGAACAAGAAAAUCGUGUUGUAGUGUUAAUUGAUAUGGACUGUUUUUACUGCCAAGUUGAGGAGAAAUUGAAUCCCGAACUAAAGGGACAACCUAUUGCCGUGGUACAAUAUAACCCGUGGAAGGGUGGCGGCAUAAUAGCAGUGAACUAUGUGGCUAGAGCUCGUGGAGUCACGCGCCAUAUGCGUGGUGAUGAAGCAAAAGAAAAGUGUCCGGAAAUACAGCUACCCUCAGUACCAUGCAAUAGAGGGAAGGCUAAUAUCUCAAAGUACAGAGAUGCAGGUAUAGAGGUGGCUAAAGUGCUGCAAACCUACACUCCUCUCCUAGAGCGGGCCUCCAUUGAUGAAGCCUAUUUAGAUAUUACUGAUCCAGUUAAAGAGAGACUAAAAUCUUUAAACAUUAGUACAAUCAACAGUGACAUGAUGCCACACACGUUUGCCCUUGGCUACGACAGCAUUGAGCAGUUCAUAAAUGACGUGCACAAUUACGGCUGCGACUCCAUCGACUUUGACCAUGACCACGCCAAGAUGUUGCUUGUUGGAGCUGUGGUUGUUAGCGAAAUCAGGGCUGCUGUGUUCAGGGAAACUGGCUACACAUGUUCAGCUGGCAUAGCUCACAACAAGAUCUUGGCCAAGCUGGUCUGCGGCAUGAACAAGCCCAACAAACAAUCGGUGCUGGCCAAACACACUGUCGACAUACUGUACAAAACUUUGCCAGUGAAGAAAGUGAAACAUCUGGGUGGAAAAUUUGGGCUAUCAGUCUGUGGUGCACUGAAAAUCAACAACAUGUAUGAGCUGCAGAAAUUUUCCGAAAAGGAACUACAGGCAAAAUUCGACGAGAAAAAUGGGACAUGGCUUUACAAUAUAGCGCGCGGUAUCGACUUAGAGCCAGUGCAAGCCAAAUUCAACCCUAAGAGCAUAGGAUGCUGCAAAAACUUCAAAGGCAAAUCUGCUAUACUUGACUUGGAGAAUCUAACAAAAUGGCUAAAGGACUUAGGAGAUGAGAUAGAAGAUAGGUUGGAAAAGGACGCAGUGGACAACAACCGGGCGCCGAGGCAGAUGGUUGCCAGCUUUUCAACAUUGUUGCCGGAUGGGAGAGGCACUAGUAGUUCAAGGUCAUACAAUUUUGUGAACGAGGAUGAAUUGUGUGCUGAAUUCUUUUCGAAUAAGGCCUUAGAAUUAGUUAUGGAUAGUGUUGAGGGUGUGAAAGUUAAAGAAGGAGAAGCAAAUAGAAAACUCAAAGCAUCGAUAACAUUUUUAGGCAUUAGUGUCGGUAAAUUUGAAGACCAUACAGAGAAGAAAACCAAGAAAAUAAUGGAUUUCUUCACUGCCGGCUCCUCAAAAGAAGUUACUACGACUACCAACAAACCCAAAGAAGCGAGACCUGAUGAAUCAAAAGCUAAAGAUAAAGGAAAGAAUGAUAAAGAAAAUAUGAUGCGUAGAUUUUUCAAGAUUAAUGGAAAUGAAGACAAGUCUGAAAAUAAGCUUGAUGAAACAAAUAUCAGACCAAAGGAAAGUGAUGAGUCCAAACCUGAAUUACCGAAAGAUAGAAGUAACGUCGCGACCAAAGCAGAUGAUACACAAAUAAUACCUAAAAAUGAACGAAAACCUGUCAAAGAUUACAUCAUGCAAAGGUUUUUGAAUGAUAAUGAUAAAUCCGAUAGUAAAUCAAAUGAAUCAUUAAUACAUAGAACAGGAGAUAGUAUAAUAAAUAAACAUGCAGAUACCGAAGUACCACCAGAACAAAGUAGAUCCGGACUAAAAUCAACUUUAGAUAAACAAGAAUCAUUCUUUGCAAAGUUCUUGCUAAAGUCAGAUCCUAUUCGGCCUACAACUCCUGUAUGCAACGUUAUCCCUUGUGGCGAAGACAGCAACGAUACAAAUUGCUCCGGAUCCACUAUUGAAUUAGAAAUCAAUAAGAGCAUUGCAUUAUUUGACGAUGACCCGGAGAAAACAAACCGCGUGAGCAGUAUGCGUGAACUGCUCAAUACUACUUCAAUAGCUGCAGAAUUAGAAGAACCAGGUUCUGACAUAGAAUUAGAAGGUUCUCCUAACUUGAUACAUCCAGAACCAAUGCUUUCAACAGCCACACAUUUACGGAAUUCUCCGAACGAAUUGGAGACAUUUCAAUGCUCAGAAUGCAUGAAACAGGUGCCUGUAAACAUGUUUGAUACACAUGCAGAUUACCACCUCGCUUUGAAGCUACGCGAUGAAGACAGGCAGCAAGUGCGAAAUGAAAGGCAAAAACCAAUUCAGAAGACUGUUGUAAAUAGUGAAAGUUCCACGAAAAAGAAACAAGUUGAAGUAAAGAACGAAUCUGUGAGUUCAAUAGCAAGUUUUCUGGUUAAAGUAGAUAAUAACGUGCCUACAGAAAAAUGUGGAGAGUGUGGAAAGAGGGUACCUGUAGAAAAGUUGACAGAACAUUUAGAUUUUCACGAGGCUCAGAAAUUGAGUAGACAGUUGAACAGGAAACCUAGUCCCAUAGCACCGACAAGCAUUAAGCGUAAAAGGAGUUCAGGAUCACCGGUUAAGAAGCCGAAAAUGCCCUGCAAAUCCAUACAAUCUUUCUUUGGGUCAAAUAGGUGACAUGCUCCCUUGAUAAAUUAUAAUGUAUGUAGUUGUUUUGGUGAAUAUGUACAAAUACAAGUGUAAUUAUUUAAACAGUAAAAAUAAAUUUAUAAUUGACAUUUAA